AGUUCAGAGAGGAGAGAGAGGAGAGGGAGAAGGCGAAAGGGGCUGAGGAGCGGGGAGAGAGGGCGAGCACGCAAGGUAGCAAAGGAGCGCCUAGAUUCUCCGAGGCACGCAGGAGGACCGGUGAGGAAUUCCUUUCUCGGGCAGCUGUCACGGAGCGGGAGGGCAUCCAGAGAAACCCCAUCACAAUGCCCCAACUCUGAACCUUCCGACCAGAAGUUAGAGACUUAAGCAGUACUGACGUCGGAUGGAAAGGGAAUGCGCUCGGCGCUGUGGGGAAUACUCCCGAGCUGAAGAAGUGCCUGUGACAGAGACCCGAGGAGCCCAGCUCCGGCGGGCAACACAGAGGAAAAUGUGGCGAGAAUGACUAACGGCAAAUCUGUGAAUUUGUUCUCGGGAGUUGCUAAUUUGCCAGCCCGAAACAACGCGUUUGACAAGGAGGAAACGUUUUUUUCGCUGCUUCUGAUUUCUCCCCUAAACUGGUGCUACCACAUGCAUGGCUUUCUCUGUGUUGGAACGGAUCGUUUGUAACUGCAGCACACCGGGAAAGGGGAAAGGUUGAGCAACUCACUGGCGGUCUCCAAAUAAUCGCUGAGAUGUAAUGCAUCCUCCCGUCCAUGCCCACUUCCUCUUGCCAUCUGGGCAUCAUUCCUCAGUGGAGUCCUUUAAACUCUAAAAUCGAGCAAAAGGAAAAAAAAUACAUUAUCAUGGACCUGAGGGAUUUUUACCUGCUGGCUGCUCUGAUUGCCUGUUUAAGGCUGGAUUCCGCAAUAGCUCAAGAACUUAUUUACACUAUUAGAGAGGAAUUGCCUGAAAAUGUGCCCAUAGGAAACAUACCAAAGGAUCUGAACAUUUCUCACAUCAAUGCUGCCACAGGGACCAGUGCCAGCCUUGUCUACAGACUGGUUUCAAAAGCUGGGGAUGCCCCUUUGGUGAAAGUGUCCAGCAGCACUGGAGAAAUUUUCACAACCUCCAAUAGAAUAGACAGAGAAAAACUGUGUGCUGGAGCUGCGUAUGCGGAGGAGAAUGAGUGCUUCUUUGAACUUGAGGUGGUGAUCCUCCCCAAUGACUUUUUCAGGCUGAUCAAAAUAAAAAUUGUUGUCAAGGAUACCAAUGAUAAUGCCCCCAUGUUUCCAUCUCCUGUCAUCAAUAUUUCCAUUCCGGAAAACACUUUGAUCAACAGCCGCUUUCCAAUCCCAUCAGCCACCGAUCCUGACACAGGCUUCAAUGGUGUGCAGCAUUAUGAAUUGUUAAAUGGGCAGAGUGUGUUUGGACUGGAUAUUGUGGAAACUCCAGAGGGAGAGAAGUGGCCGCAAUUGAUUGUUCAGCAAAACUUGGAUAGAGAACAGAAAGAUACCUAUGUGAUGAAAAUCAAAGUGGAGGAUGGAGGCACUCCACAGAAAUCCAGCACAGCCAUACUACAGGUCACAGUAAGUGAUGUCAACGACAACAGGCCCGUGUUUAAAGAGGGUCAGGUAGAGGUGCAUAUCCCCGAGAAUGCUCCCGUGGGGACUUCUGUCAUUCAGCUCCACGCCACUGACGCAGACGUAGGCAGCAAUGCUGAAAUCCGAUAUAUAUUUGGUGCCCAGGUCGCCCCUGCAACCAAAAGACUCUUUGCUUUAAAUAAUACUACUGGCCUGAUUACAGUUCAGAGGUCUUUGGAUCGAGAGGAGACGGCCAUUCACAAAGUGACAGUGCUGGCUAGUGAUGGCAGCUCCACUCCUGCUCGAGCAACAGUGACCAUCAAUGUCACAGACGUAAAUGACAACCCUCCGAACAUAGACCUCAGGUACAUCAUAAGUCCCAUCAAUGGCACCGUGUAUUUAUCUGAGAAAGAUCCUGUUAAUACAAAGAUUGCCCUAAUCACAGUUUCAGAUAAGGACACAGAUGUGAAUGGCAAAGUGAUCUGUUUCAUUGAGAGAGAAGUCCCGUUUCAUUUGAAGGCUGUGUACGACAACCAGUACUUGUUAGAGACUUCUUCUCUGUUGGACUAUGAGGGCACCAAAGAAUUCAGCUUUAAAAUUGUUGCCUCUGAUUCUGGGAAGCCCAGCUUAAAUCAGACUGCCUUGGUAAGGGUUAAACUUGAGGAUGAAAAUGACAACCCACCAAUUUUCAGCCAGCCUGUAAUUGAGCUGUCAGUUUCUGAAAACAACCGACGUGGGUUAUACUUAACAACUAUUAGUGCCACGGACGAAGACAGUGGGAAAAACGCAGACAUUGUGUAUCAGCUUGGACCGAAUGCCUCCUUCUUUGAUCUGGACCGAAAGACAGGAGUUUUGACAGCCUCCAGAGUCUUUGACAGAGAAGAACAAGAACGAUUCAUUUUUACAGUCACUGCCAGGGACAAUGGGACCCCUCCCCUGCAAAGCCAAGCGGCUGUGAUAGUCACUGUUCUGGAUGAGAAUGACAAUAGCCCCAAGUUUACUCAUAAUCACUUCCAGUUUUUUGUCUCUGAAAAUCUGCCAAAGUAUAGUACUGUGGGGGUGAUCACAGUGACAGAUGCAGAUGCUGGCGAGAAUAAAGCUGUGACUCUUUCCAUCCUAAAUGACAAUGAUAAUUUCGUGUUGGAUCCCUACUCGGGAGUCAUAAAGUCCAACGUCUCGUUCGAUAGAGAGCAGCAGAGCUCCUACACUUUUGACGUCAAAGCCACUGAUGGAGGUCAGCCACCUCGUUCCUCCACUGCGAAAGUGACCAUCAAUGUCAUGGACGUCAAUGACAACAGCCCCGUUGUCAUUUCCCCACCGUCUAACACCUCUUUCAAGUUGGUGCCGCUUUCAGCCAUUCCGGGCUCUGUGGUAGCUGAAGUUUUUGCAGUGGACAUUGACACUGGAAUGAAUGCCGAGCUGAAGUACACUAUAGUGAGUGGGAACAACAAAGGCUUAUUUCGCAUCGAUCCGGUCACAGGUAACAUUACUCUGGAGGAAAAGCCGGCACCGACUGAUGUAGGUUUGCAUCGUUUGGUGGUCAACAUCAGUGACCUGGGGUACCCUAAGUCGUUGCACACACUUGUGCUUGUAUUUCUUUAUGUUAACGACACGGCUGGAAAUGCCUCCUAUAUUUACGACUUGAUCCGCAGGACUAUGGAGACUCCCCUGGACAGGAACAUAGGGGAUAGUAGCCAGCCCUACCAAAACGAGGACUAUCUCACCAUCAUGAUAGCGAUCGUUGCAGGUGCCAUGGUGGUCAUAGUUGUCAUCUUCGUCACUGUUCUGGUGCGCUGCCGCCAUGCCUCUAGGUUCAAAGCUGCUCAGAGGAGCAAGCAAGGUGCGGAAUGGAUGUCCCCCAACCAGGAGCACAAGCAAAACAAGAAAAAGAAAAGGAAGAAAAGAAAGUCUCCCAAGAGCUCUCUUCUGAACUUUGUUACUAUCGAAGAGUCCAAACCCGAUGACGCGGUUCACGAACCUAUCAAUGGGACCAUAAGCCUGCCCGCUGAGCUGGAGGAGCAAAGCAUAGGAAGAUUUGACUGGGGCCCAGCUCCUCCAACCACCUUCAAGCCCAACAGCCCUGACUUGGCCAAGCAUUACAAAUCUGCCUCUCCACAGCCUGCUUUCCAUCUCAAACCAGACACUCCAGUUUCCGUGAAAAAGCACCAUGUGAUUCAGGAACUCCCUUUGGACAACACCUUUGUCGGGGGUUGUGACACCCUUUCCAAACGUUCUUCCACUAGUUCAGAUCACUUCAGUGCCUCAGAGUGCAGUUCCCAAGGAGGCUUCAAGACAAAGGGCCCCUUACACACCAGACAGUGUAAUUCACACAGCAAAAGUGACAAUAUUCCUGUCACUCCUCAGAAAUGUCCCAGCUCUGCGGGUCUCCACGUUCAGGAGAGUGAAGAAAGCCAUUCUGAGUCGCAGCGCCGUGUUACCUUUCACCUCCCCGAUGGCUCCCAAGAAAGCUGCAGUGACAGUGGUCUAGGCGACCAUGAGCCAGUGGGUAGUGGAACCCUGAUCUCACACCCUCUUCCUCUGGUUCAGCCACAGGACGAAUUCUACGACCAGGCCUCUCCGGACAAGAGGACCGAAGCAGAUGGCAACUCUGACCCCAACUCUGAUGGGCCGCUAGGUCCCCGAGGAUUGGCUGAGGCUACAGAGAUGUGCACUCAAGAGUGCUUGGUUCUGGGCCACUCUGAUAAUUGCUGGAUGCCUCCUGGCUUGGGUCCAUAUCAACACCCCAAAUCUCCUCUUUCCACCUUUGCGCCCCAGAAAGAAUGGGCAAAGAAGGACAAGCUUGUGAAUGGGCACACCCUGACCAGAGCUUGGAAAGAAGACAGCAACAGGAAUCAGUUCAAUGACCGUAAGCAGUACGGUCCCAAUGAAGGCCAUUUCAACAAUGGCAGCCACAUGACAGACAUUCCUCUGGCAAAUCUGAAGUCUUACAAGCAAGCAGGAGGUGCCAUUGAGAGUCCCAAGGAGCACCAGCUCUAAGAAAUGCCUAUGUGGGACCUAACAACUUUAAUCUAAAUAGACAUGCUAAUACAGUGUGUGUCAGAGCUUUAUGUAUUAAAUAGAUCUCUACAACUAUGCCCCUUAUAGCAGGGAUAUCCGUAACUUUGUGUUAGCACCAUGGAGGACACAAUGUUUUAUAGCUUCAGAGAGAAGAUAGUUCAACUAGCUAUGUGAUCUUGUUUGCUAGAGUUGAUUAAACUCUCCAGAGAUCUCUCCAUUGUGCAAUUUUUUGUUACUAUUGUUGCAUUUUAUUUUGACCCUGGACUGCUGCUAUGAAUAAUAGAAUAUGCAUUUGGAGAGUAAGAAAGUUCCAUGGAUUAGAGUGACUGACAAAUAUAUCCAGUUAGAAAUUUGUGCUCUUUAUGUCAUUGAUUUAUGCUGGGACCACUAUAUCUGACAUUAUACUUCAAACAAAACUUUAAAAGAUAAGCAUUAAACCUAUUGUGCUGUUAACAACGUUAGUGGACACUUGUAAGUCAAUCAGUGUUAAAAGUAUUUGUAAAUAGAGCAAGUUAUUAUUAACAACUUUUGUGUAAUUAUAACUUUCACCUAAAAAUGUUGUAGCAUAAUUCUGUGUUUAUGGUUGGUUCUUUCCUUUUGUAUGUUUUAUUUUUUGCUGUUUCUUCUUUUUUUUUUUUUAGUGAGGUGUUUCUGAGUUAGUAGUCUGUCUUAACACACAUUGUUCAAAAGAAAUCCAACACUUGUGUUUUAAGAAAACGGUUCUGAAAUCUAGCUUCUUCUAUAAUAGCUUCUGUUGUGGGAACUACAUAAAAAACAAAAAUGAAAACUACACAAAAUUGGAGGACUUGCACAAACGCUUCAUAAUGCAGAACCUGUUUUUGAUAUUCUUAUGUUUAAGUAGGCAAAAGAAAAUGCACUUAAUUAGUACUAUUAAGUAAGAGAGUAAUGGGAAAUAUUAUCCAUCAGAAGUGCUAUAAUAUCUUGUACCUUUCAUUCAUGCAAAUUAAUGUAUCAAAGUAAGUAUAUAUUAAAAUCACUAUUCAAAACUAGUUUCAAUUGGACAAAUGUGUGUCUACAACUUUGUUGAAAUGGCCGUUUGUGUUGAUCCUCAUAUACAAUAAUGUAACACAAGUGUUAUUAGACCAUAGCCACAAAAUAUUUAAUGUGUUGUGCCUUCAUGAUGUAACAGAACAUUCUCCAGGUAGGAUAGUUGGGGAAAUAAAGGGAUAAAUCUCUAAUUAUUGCUGUUUAACUGUUUGUUAUUAUAGUUGGUCAAUGCCUGGCCGGUACCAGCAUACCGUCACUUAGGUCAAAUCAGCAGAGUGACACCUAAUGUUAAUAAGAUCUCAGUUGCACGUGCAAACAAUUCCAAAUUCGAACAUUGUUAGGAGGUUUUUGUUAAGGCAUGACAGAUGAUUUAAACAAAUAAAUAGCAUGCAACAAAAUGUCUUUAUUGAAAGAAGUGAAAGUUAUCUUAAUGCCACGGUUCACCAUCAACUUAAAAGUAAAAAAAAUAAUAAAACAAAAAAUUUAAAAAAAUAUUUGCUAAUCUGAUAGUUAAUUUGUUCUUACCAAAAAAAAAUUACUUUGUAAAUAGCAGUUCACAUUUUUUCCACAAUAUAAUGGAAAAUAAUGGGUAGGGGUGCAUUGCUUAUUGAAGUAAAUUUUUGUCGGUUUGUGAGGGGUGUUUGAUGACUUUGACAGAAUAAAUAUCUAAACAAUUAUCCUUGUUACUGCUUUGCCAGUUCUACGUUAUUUACAAUUAUUCAGCUCUUGCAAUAAAUGUUCUGAAUU